CUGCAACCGGAAGUGUACCACACGUGCAAACAGUGGAGAGAGUCACGCUGUGCGGCUGUGAGAUGAUAACAUGAGUUAACAUCUUAAAGUCUGAUAUCACAUAAACUUCGUUUUUUAAUAAAGUGUGAGCGUAGAAGAAGAGUGAAAAUGGAGAGGAAAGAACAGAAGCGGCACCAGCAGAAGCACAGUGGCCCCAAAGCACAGAAGAAGAACAGAAAGAAGGAGCAGGGCACCGUACAAGAGCCAGAUGAGCGCAAGAGGAACCCACGAGCGUUUGCUUUCAAGUCAGCUGUGCGCAUGGCAAGGACCUUCCAUAGAGCUCAAGACAUUAAAACUAAGAAACAUCACAUUCCUCUGGUAGACCGAACCCCUCUGGAGCAUCCACCUGUUGUUGUGGUUGUUAUGGGACCUCCAAAAGUGGGCAAAAGUACCCUCAUUCGCUGCCUGGUCAAAAACUACACACGGCAGAAGCUUUCUGACAUCUGUGGACCUGUGACUAUAGUAUCUGGAAAGAAACGCCGCAUUACCUUCAUUGAGUGCAACAAUGACAUCAACACCAUGAUUGAUUUGGCAAAGGUUGCUGACUUGGUUCUGAUGCUGAUAGAUGCAAGUUUUGGCUUUGAAAUGGAGACUUUUGAGUUCCUAAACAUUUGCCAAGUUCAUGGCUUUCCUCGCAUCAUGGGGGUCCUCACACAUCUGGACUCUUUCAAGAACAAUAAGGUGUUGCGAAAAACAAAGAAACGCCUCAAACAUCGGUUCUGGACUGAGGUUUACCAGGGGGCUAAACUGUUUUACCUGUCUGGAAUGGUUUAUGGAGAGUACCAGACACAGGAAGUGAAAAACCUUGGGCGGUUCAUCUCAGUGAUGAAGUUUAGGCCUCUUGUCUGGCAGACUUCUCACCCCUAUGUGGUGGCUGACCGUAUGGAGGAUCUUUCUGAUCCUGAGGCUAUUAGGUUAAAUCCCAAAUGUGACAGAACAGUCUCUCUGUAUGGCUACUUGCGUGGGACGUUUUUGAAGAAUAAAUGCCAGGUCCAUAUUCCUGGCGUAGGGGACUUCUCUGUGUCGGAUGUUAGCUUCCUCCCAGACCCCUGCCCUCUACCAGAGAAGCUUAAGAAGAGAGCACUGAAUGAAAAGGAACGGUUACUGUAUGCCCCAAUGGCUGGCAUAGGGGGAGUGGUGUAUGAUAAAGAUGCUGUCUACAUCGAUAUGCCUGGUGGCCUUGCCAACCAGCAGCAGGAUGAGGUUCGGCCCACCACUGAACUUGUUCAGUCUCUUAUUGGAACUCAAGCCACUUUGGAUGCAAAAAUGGCGGCCAGCAAAGUGUCACUGUUCACAGGCACGGCUGCACUUACACCAGAGGAUGUGCUGGAAAAUGGUGGGAAGCAGAACCCUGAAGAAAGUCGUGUAUGGGACGAGAAAGCUCAAAGAGAGAGGAGGAAAGCUGUCUUUGCUGAUGAAGAGGAAGAUGAUGAUGAAAGUGAUGAGGAGGAGGAGGAAAGUGAUGAAGAGGAGGAGGAGGAGGAGGAAGAAGAGAGUGAGGAGGAGGAGGGAGAUGCAGAGAAUGAAGAGGGAGAAGCAAAGCAGAAGAAAGCAAUGAAGGAGGCAGCACCUCCUGUGAAGAAACAGAUGUUUGAGGAGAAGGAGCCCAUGAUGGAGAUGCCAGCAUUUGCUGAUAGUGAAGAUGAACUGGAAAAGAGUAAAGAUGAUGACAGUGAAGAAGAAGAAGAGGAGGAUGAGGAGAUGGAAGGAGAUUCUGCAAAAAGAGGCUCGGGUCCAGACUCUGGUCACUGCUCAGAGGAAGAUGAUGAUGACGAGGAUGAUGUGGAAGAUUCAGAUAUGGAGGAUGAAGGAAAUUAUGUUGUAAAAUCAGAGAUGUCAUCGAAGCAUCCAGAAGAAGAGGAGAUGGACAUGGAGGAUGCAGAGAUGGGUUCUGAAACUGCAGGAGCACUACGGUGGAAGGAAGGGUUGGCCCAGAAAGCGACAGAGGCGUAUUUAAGACAACAGCGUGCAGCCCCUAACUUGCGCAAGUUAGUUUACGGCACAGUGGUGGAGGAGGAAGAGGAUUCUAAGAAUGAGGAGGAAGAACUAGGUGGUUUAUUUAGAGUCAGUCGACCAGAAAAGAGUAAGAAAGUACGAGCGGAUGCGAUGGACUGCUCUCGCUUUCAGCCAGACAGCAGCCAUGACUGGGACCAGGAUGAGAUGCUAGCCUCAAUCAGGGACUGUUUUGUGACUGGAAAAUGGGAGGAGGACAAAGAUGCUGCAACACUGCUGAAGGAAGAUGGUGAACUCUAUGGAGAUUUUGAAGAUUUGGAAACGGGGGAAGUUCACAAAGCGAAGACUGGAAAUAAAGACCAAACUGAGGAAGGGAAUCUUGAUGAAAUGGAUGAUGAUGAUGAUGAAGAAGAGGAGGAGGCUCCACUAGUGAAAGUGGAUGAUUUUGAAGCUCAAAAGAACAAGCGGCUGGAAAAGAAGAGGCGGCUGAAGGAGAGGUUCGAUGCAGAAUAUGAUGAUGAAGAUGCAACAUACUUUGAUGACCUAAAGGAGGAGAUGCAGAAACAGGCUGAGCUAAAUAGGCAAGAGUUUGAAGACAUGGAUGAUGAAGUUCGGGUUCAGUACGAGGGCUUUAGGCCAGGCAUGUACGUGCGUGUGGAAAUCCCUGCUUUACCUUGCGAGUUUGUCACUAACUUUGACCCCCACUAUCCCAUCAUUCUUGGCGGUUUGGGAGCGAGUGAGGGCAAUGUAGGCUACUUGCAGAUGCGUUUGAAGAAACACCGUUGGCACAAUCGUAUCCUGAAAACUCGUGACCCUCUCAUUCUAUCUUUGGGCUGGAGGCGUUUUCAAAGCAUCCCCCUCUACUACAUCGAGGACCAUAAUGGACGUCAGCGCCUGCUUAAGUACACACCAGAACACAUGCACUGCGGUGCCACCAUCUGGGGACCAAUAACACCCCAGGGUACAGGCUUCUUGGCUGUACAGACUGUCUCAGGUGUGCAGGCCAAUUUUCGCAUCGCAGCCACAGGAGUGAUUCUGGACCUGGAUAAAUCAGUUUCUAUUGUGAAGAAGCUCAAACUAAUUGGAUACCCUUAUAAAAUCUUUAAGAACACCUGCUUUAUCCAGGGAAUGUUUAACACCGUUCUGGAGGUAGCGAAGUUUGAGGGUGCAUCCAUCCGCUCAGUCAGUGGUGUUAAAGGGCAGAUAAAGAAAGCCUUACGCACACCGCCAGGCGCCUACAGAGCCACGUUUGAGGACAGACUGCUGAUGAGUGAUAUUGUGUUCCUGCGUUCCUGGUAUCCCGUCUCGGUUCCUCAGCUCUAUAAUCCAGUGACGUCUCUGCUAAUGCCGGUUGGACAGAAGGACACAUGGGCUGGAAUGAGGACACUUGGACAGCUUAAACAUGACCUGGGUAUCCGCAACAAACCCAACCAGGACUCUUUGUACAAGCCGGUUAUGAGACAAGUUCGACACUUCAACCCCCUCCACAUUCCCAAGGAGCUGCAGAAGGCCCUACCCUUCAAGAGUAAACCCAAAAAGCAACAGCCCAAGAGCAAAACCCCACGGGACCUGAAGAGACCGGCUGUCAUAAGAGAGCCCCAUGAGAAAAAGGUGGCAGCAUUGCUCAGUGCUCUAAGCUCAGUCUACGCAUACAAGAACAAGAAGGCUCAUGCAGAACAGCGUGCCAAACACAAAGAAUUCAUGAAGCAGAAAGAGAAACAGGAAGCAGAAAAGCAGAAGAGGCUGAAGGAAGAGAGAAAGAAGAUCUACCGUGCUAUGGGACAGAAAGAAAAGAAGAAACUUAAAUCCAGUCUGAAAGGAGCAUCCAAGGGUGAUUGAUCCCACCUCAUCUCCUUCCUGAUUCUGAGAGACUACGGCUCCAGGCUCACUGGAUCGGAGUCUGUUACACUCUUAGUUAAAAUGCCUGAAAUACACCACAUACUCUGUUCCCACACCAGCUGCUUGUUCUACUCUGCCUCAAGAGCCUGACUGCAUGAGUCCUAAAAAGAUACAAUAUCCCCUUAAACAAGAACAGUAGAGCUCCCUGUUUAUCUCUUGAUGAGCCUGAAAGCAUUUUCUAUAGAAGAAAUGUUAAUACAGCCAUUUCUUAUUGAAUUUUACUAGGCACAUGAAAUGGCUUGUAUUUGUUUUAUCAUGCUUGUUUUCAAUAAAAAUCAACAUGUGCCUGGAAAAAAG